AUGGCCCCGUCUUGGCGGUCUGGGUCGUCGUCUUCCUUCACCUCGUCGGCCCUGAGCGCCGCCCCGUCUCAUCCGCAACACGCGGUCAGUCCCGUGGACUCAACGUUCACACCCACCUCCGCCGCCAUUUCCGCCCUGACGGCCGAAAAGCUAUUCGAGCGGACGCCAAACGAAGUGACCGUCUACCUCGGCCCAUGGGAAAUCGUAGGUGCCAACCCACGGCGACUGCUGUGGCAGUGCAGUUAUGCGGGCGAGGUAUUGGAGCAUUUCCUACCAUCUGAUAACCCCAGCGAGUUGUUCCCACAUACACUCCAUGCUCAACACCGGCGGUUCGGCGACCCGCGGGAGAUGGAGCUCUACCUCUCCUUUCAAGAGCCCCAUCGGAUCCGCUACACCACAAGAGAGGGUACUGUCCACGACGAGUACAUCGAGGUCAAGUACGAGUUCACCACCAUUGAGGGGUCCAUGCAGUUGCAGAGUGACCUUCGAAAUCGAGACCUGAUCGACUGGUUCGACGUUGAUGUCGUCUGGUCCGACACCCACCGCCGAACGGACUCAUACGGUAGUGUCCGCGGCUUGGGCACUAUCCAACGCAUCAAACUGUGGCGGGAUCGCUAUUCUACGUUUCACUAUCUCACCUUCUACGCGAACCACCGCCGCCUCUGGAAGGAGUAUCUGCUCGACGACUUCGACCGCGAUCUGCGGCAACGGGAUGAUAGGCACAAGCGCGUGCAACUGGGGGCCCGUGGUAACCGAAGAGGGAGUGCGUCGGAGAGCAGCAGCGGAAGAGGCGGCGGAGGCGGUGGUUCGGGCCGAGGGCAGAGCCGCGAGCGACGGUUCUCGACGUCGAUUUUUUCCCGCUCUUCUCGGCAUGGUACUGGCAAUUCCGGGGCAUCAGCCCAGAGCGGGCUCGACAUACGUUAUCUAGGUAUCCAGUUUUCUAGGAAUCCCAGUGUUCAGACUGGGAGUGACGUUAUCUUGUCCGUCAACGCUGGUUCCUCGUCGGUCAAGGUCUCAGUGUACACUGCCGAACAGGGACAGUCGCCCACACCCAUCGCGGAAGCACAGGUGAGCGGGCUCACAGCCCCUCCCGCGAUCCUCAAAUACAAACGAGGCGAUGAGACUGUUGUCAAGGACCGUAAGGUCGAAGACCAAGUCAACGGCCAACAAGACGCGGCCUUCGCCGUCAUCCUUGACACACUGAUCAAGGACGACGGUCUGCCCGACAUCCAGCACAAAACCGACGUCGGCAUCAUCUGCCACCGCAUCGUUCACGGCGGCGACUACACCAAACCGCAGCUCAUCUCCGCCGAGACCUACCACCACCUCGAAGCGCUCAACGAUCUCGCCCCGCUGCACAACGCCAAUAGCCUAGGCAUCGUCCGGCAUUGCAUCGAGGACUUCCCGUCCCAGUCCACCCGCAAUGUCGCCUGCUUUGACAGCCAGUUCCACGCCACCAUUCCCAAGCACAUCCGUACGUACCCGAUCAACCAGGACGUCGCGCGCAAGAAUAAGCUGCGCAAAUACGGGUUUCACGGGAUCAGCUAUUCGUUCAUCACCCGCGCGACGGCCGAGUUUCUGGGCAAAAAGCAGGAUGAAUUGAACAUCAUUGCCCUGCACCUGGGCUCCGGAGCAAGCGCGGCUGCGAUCAAGGGCGGGAAGAGCUGGGAUACGAGCAUGGGGUUGACGCCGCUGGCUGGGUUGCCAGGCGCGACGAGGAGUGGAAGUGUUGAUCCAAGCCUCGUUUUCCACUACGCCAGCGACGUCGGCAAGCUCUCACCCGCUUCGACCAAGGACCUCCACAUAUCACGUGCCGAAGAGAUCCUCAACAAGCAAGCGGGCUGGAAAGCCCUAGCCGGCACCACCGACUUCAGGGUCAUCACCAAGUCCCUGUCCUCUUCCCAAGGUUCCCGAGACAACAACAAUAACGACGACGACGAUGAAGACGGAGACAACGAAACAGCCCGCCGCCACCGCCUCACCUUUGACCUCGUAGUCGAUCGCAUCUGCGGCUUCGUCGGCGCCUACUUCGUCUCGCUGCACGGCCGCGUCGACGCGCUUGUGUUUGCCGGCGGGAUUGGGGAACGGAGCGAUGCGCUUCGGGAGGCGGUCGUCGAGAGGGUGGGGUGUUUGGGGUUUGCGUUGGAUGAUGGUGAUGGGAAGGGGGGAGGGGGACAGGAUCCGACGGCGGUGGUGUGGGAUGUGGGUAAGCGCGGGGUCGAACCGCGCGUGCUGGUGUGUCAGACGGAUGAGCAGUUUGAGAUGGCGAGGACGUGUGCGGAGGAUGAGGAGUGUUGGUGA